ACGGGUCGUCGUAGCAAUGACGCGAUCUUAGCGACCAACAUCCAUGACUCGAGCGGACCUGGCCGACCCGCUCAUUUCACAAUCUCAUGGUCACUCCGAUUCCGACUUCUGACCCCAUCACAUCUUAACCUGUAUAUAUUGUGCGCGUCUUGAUACGCUUUUUUGAUCCUUUACACACGCCCGUGCUUCCAAUUGUUCGCACCUGAGAAGUGGCGAAAAACCUUUGCAUGACCAUCGUCUUACUGGAACUGAAUAACUGGACAGUGUGAUGACACCCCAACACCAUGAGCAAGGCCACUGGUUGGACAAAUACGCAACAAACUAUGCCGAGUGGAAGCUAUCAGACAAUGCAGAUGGCACCUGGUUGUUCAAGCGUCCGCUUGGGCUAGUCGAGACUUCUUUUGACUCGGAUGGCGCAUAUUACGGUGGUCGGGCAGACAUGACCGCCCUCUUCACAUUGGCAAUCCAACACAAGUUCUUCAAAACAGAGCUGAGGCGCAGGAUAGUGCUUGCCUGGACUUCUCUUCGCCUCCAGCACCCACUACUCCUGGCUCGAGUGAACGACGACCAGGAAACAGGAAGGCGAGGUUUCGCCGUCGAUGUACCCGAUUCCCAAGAUUCUGCUAUUCAAGAUGUCGAGAAGAGCAUUGUUUGGAUCGAAGAAUCAUACGAGGAAGUUAACGACAAGGAGUUGUACCACCACGCCUACAACGUAACCCGCAUCAUCGAACCCACAAAAUGUCUAUCGAAAUUGCAUGUUUUACCUCUGCGACAGCUCCCAGACGGAACAUAUGAGCUGCGCUUCCUCAUCGUGAUUGCGCAUCAGAUAUCCGAUGGUCUCUCGGCGUACAGUUGGUUCAGCCAUUUCAUCCGCAUCCUCAACCAGCCAUCUCAGGACAUCUUAACAGACAUCGAGUCCCUCCGUAUGCCAGAAAAGAUCAAAAUAGUCCUACCAGCCGCUCAAGAAGAUCUGUACCCACCAAUCGCAGGCAACAAAGCGAGACAGCGCUGGUUCUGGGCGCUGAUCAGGGUGCUGAGACACGUGAAGAAAGGAGGACUACCACCUACCUUUACAAAUCCACUGCGGAGAGAGAAGAGGCUAGAAGAGCCUGUACCACUCGAGCCCAAGUUCGCUGAGAUCUUCGACUACAGUCCCUCAAGCCGCCCUCCAAUGUCCUGCGGCCAUGUUGCCGCAUCGCUCUCGCCUGCGGCCUCAGCACGUCUGAUAUCCCUAUGCCGCUCUGCAAACGUCAGCAUAGGAGCUGGCUGUUUCGCUCUCGCUGGUCUAGCAAUGAUGGCCAUCCACGAAAAGCAUUCUCCAUCAACCAACCACCCUCCCUUCACAGCAUCCUUCCCCCUAAACCCCCGCGCCUUCUUCGUAAACCCACCACCACCAGACUCAUGCAUGCUCGCCUUUAGCGAGGGCAUAGUAAUGCCCUUCUUAUCCUCCGACCUACCCGUAGAAGGACGCUUCAGGCUAGUAGCAAAGCACGCGAACCGCGAGUUGAGAGUCUACCAAAAACGUCUCAAGGGAAAAGGAAAGACGAGUACAGCAGGUAUACUAGACAAAGGUUCACCAGGCCGGCUCCUCGCAACAGGCUACAUCGCGCAAAUCGAACGCGUCGAAGCAAAACUCCCGCCCUCGCGUCGUUCACCUUCAUUCCAAAACCCUCAAGGUUCUUUGGCACCCAGUACAGCAGGUUUCGGAGCGACAUGUGGCGUCUCGUCCAUCGGCCCUCUAGCUGCGUUCUUCAAGCGCGGCACAUACGAUGUUCAGAAUCUGGGGGAGAAGGACUUCGCCGCGGACUUCCGCGAUGUGAAGAUUGGGGUUAGAGCGAGGGAGAAUGAGUUUUUGGUUGGCAGCUCGACUAGUGCGGAGGGUAUUGUAGGGUUUGGUGUUAGCUAUGAUCUUAAUGCUAUUAGUGCUGAGGCCGCGGAGGUGUGGAGGGAGACUAUUGAGGGUUUGUUGGAGGGGAGGGGGGUGGCAAGGCUGUAGAUGAAGGACCACCGCAGUUUCAUUAUAUGUUGGCGCAUCUGCUGCU